CCUAGACUGAACCGAUGUAGUAUAAGGUUCACAGUAUAAAAAUGCUGUGUUUUUCACUGGUUACCCGUGGUCUAACUAGAUCUGACUGCUCCGAGUCGCACCGACAGCCGUCAGAUGCGAGGCUUAGUAUGGAAUGGCAUUCACCGCCCACGUUUUGUAACAGCCUCCUUUCGCUAUAUAUCAGCGGGUCUUGGAUGCUGCGAAGCCUUGGCUCUCACAUCGCACCCAUCCUCCAUCGAAAGCUCAUCUAGUCUCUAAAUAUGGGAUCAGUUACAGCUGCUGACGUGCCCCUGGAACUCCACAGCAGGAUACUUACAUCUCUGAACCUGCAGGAGCACAUUCGCGAUAAGCACAAUUUAGAAACUCAAAGGCGGCAGCUCGCGCAGCUCUCUACCGUCUGCAGGCACUGGGCGUAUUUGUGCAGACCCCUCAUCUUCGCGUGUCUCAUGCAUGACAGCCGGCAGAAGGUCGAUCGACUGGUCCGGUUGCUGAAUGCCCCCAGUCGCGCGCUCUACCCGAGCCUUCAGCAAUGCCUUCUCACCAGCGGUAUCGACUUCGUGGAGUUCAGCGAUACCUGGACAGGUUUCUGGGUCCGCUUAAUGUCGAAGAAGUUGCCGUAUCACGGCGGCGUCCGCGAUUUACACUGCGUCCUUACAAACACGUCGGUUCCACCUUCUGCCGCGAGCCCUCGAUCGAGGGAAGGAUACGCACCGCGGUCUUGGUCCACCGGCCUUCCUCGCACGCUUCCUCCGGGCCUCAUCCGCAUGCCCCAUCUCUACCUCUCGGCGUUGAAAUUUCGAUGUGCUGACGACUUCCUGUCCCUCCUCGAGGGUAUACGCCAUCUCGAAAAAGUGUCGUGCAAGCGCGUCACAUUCGCUGAGCAAAGCAUAGCAACACCUCCUACACGUCCAGUGCGCCGCCCCAGGAACUCUACACCGUACACUAUCCUCGCCUCAGGGUGGGAGACAGCCGACGAGGACCUUCACCUUGCCAUGACGGCGCUGCAGUACAGCCCGCGGCACGGCGCGCCUGGGCAGCGCUUGGGCGAGGAGACCUGGUCCCUCGUGCGCGACCUCUUCAAGUCGCUCAUGAGCUUCUUCUGGGGCAGAGACGACUGGGUGCGCCUGCGCACGAUCCCAGAGUUCAGGGGAUCUUUCAGCACUCUGGACGCCGACUUCGCCGCCACUCAUUCUCCGCCGUCCCACAGUGUCCGAGUAGUAUGGACAGCCGACGAACCCGAUCCCACUGCACCGCCCGCCCCCGGCCCCUCCGCACGUGUCCACUUGAUCAAGGCCACUUUCUACGGGCAGAAUGUCCCUGUAGAUGGUCCGUACGGCCUCGGAUUCUCCAUGGAGGGCCUGUCCUGGACGGCGUUCGAGAACGCCGCGCUCGCGCUGGACGUGCAGGGUGGGGUGCACAUCUGGGUCAUCUCCAACCCGCAGGGGUUCACUGUGCUGCUGGACAUGUUGGAAAGCGAUGGCGGGCAUGGUAGACUCUCGCGGCUGCAUGAAAAGGGGAAGCUCAGCCUCGCUUUCGACUUCGUCCCCACCGGGGUGGGCCUGUCCACGGCGAGUGUAACCCUCGCCCAGCUUUCCGCCAUGCCGGCGGAGCACUUUGUUGACGGUUGCACGGUCGCUUUAGGACUUCGCGAACGUUUCGACUUAUGGCAGCGCGGGUACGAUCUGGAAGGUCAGCGGUUGGGUGAUGAGAGGGCGGAGGCUGCAGCUCAGGUUUAUCUACGCGAAAUGCUCGCCAAAAAUGGGGAUUCUAGUCAACAAAGGGGGAGUCCUAAUACCUAGCUAGCUCAGUGUGUAUAUGCUCCGAGGGCAACAUUGCAGUCCGUGAAGUCGCUUUCAGCCAAUCUCUGAAUAUUAUGACAAUUGUAUCUAUUGCACCACGAAAGAUAAACACCUAGACAGACCCAGCACCCAGAUAAACCCGUCCAUGAGACCCUAAAGACCUGAGGAUAUCUGAUCCUUCCCUAUUACUUAGCUAAGUCUGCAACAUCUUCGUAUGCUUACACAAUAGCACCCAAUCUCAGCAUCAAAUCUCUGCUACAACCCUGUUCCACAGGCCUUCCGAAAGCGUCGUUUGGAUGUGUAGAUAAAACCUCCUUGGCAGAUUGUACACCACAAGCGCCAACAAAUGUAACACUCUCGAGUGCCGAACAUUUGUCCAGAGCCCUCGUGAGUGAGGCGGGCGUCUUGCCGUUCGACCAGGCGUCGAAAAUGGGCGGGGUGAGGAUGAGACGCAGACGACGCAGGGAUACAGAGACAUCAGAGACUACCGCAGCGCAGACGGCAUCAAGGGCAGUCUGGCGGU